CGCAGCAGCAGGCUACCCUGAGUGCGCUGCAGCCAAAAGUCCGAACUUCUUUUUUCUUUUUUGUUUUUUUAACUUUUAUUUUUUUGUGUUUUUUUUAUUCGGGUUAUUUUCCCGGGCCCUUGCGUCACGCUUUGUCGUCAUUGCGUAGCACGAGACGCAGCGAGGGCGCGAGACCCGACGCCGUUUGUACUACCCGGAAGUCAGGAAGCGACGGUCUGAGUUUAAGCUGAGAAAGUUUGAUGGUUAUUCUGCCAGAGGCCGUCUCAGCUGCAGCGGCGACCACCAGUGAUGAAGAGGAGUCGGGUGUUGGCGGUGCUGGUGGGCGGAGUCUUCUUCGCAGCAGUGAUGUCACUGUACCGCAUGCUGGAGCUGAUGCAGAGGCCGGAGCAGCACGGGGACAAGUCUCACAGACAGGAUUUGGCCUUCCUCCAGCAGAAGAUAGACAGGCUGGAACGUCUCCUUAGCGACAACAACCAUUUGGUUGCUAGGCUGCGUGACUCUCUGCUCCAACGCCAAGCAUCAGGGCGGAGCGCCAACAUCAGUUCAGACUCCGCCCCCGGCGGUGGGGCUGGGACACUCUCUGGGUGCCGAUUGGCCAAAGAGAUGAAGGACGGAGCCGAUGGAGUUCAGCUGCUGGAUGUUUAUGACCUCUUGCCCUUCGAUAACCCCGACGGUGGCCCCUGGAAGCAGGGCUUUGACAUCACUUAUCAGGGCAACGAGUGGGCGGAGCAACCUUUGGAGCUCUUCCUGGUUCCGCAUUCGCACAACGACCCCGGCUGGCUGAAGACGUUCGACGGGUACUACCAAGAUCAGACGAGACACAUCCUCGACAACAUGGUGGUCAAACUGAGUGAGGACAGCAGGAGGAAGUUGAUCUGGGCUGAAAUCAGUUAUUUCUCUAAGUGGUGGAGCGACAUCGACGACCAGAAGAGAGUGACGGUCAAACGCCUGGUGGAGGCAGGACAGUUGGAGCUGGUAACGGGUGGCUGGGUGAUGCCCGAUGAGGCGAACUCUCAUUACUUCGCUCUGCUGGAUCAGCUGAUGGAGGGACACCAGUGGCUGCAGAAACACCUGGGUGUGAAGCCGAGCAGCGGCUGGGCCAUCGACCCGUUUGGCCACUCCCCCUCCAUGACGUACCUGCUGAAGGGGGCAGGGCUUCACAACAUGGUCAUCCAGAGAGUUCACUAUGCUGUCAAGAAGCACUUUGCAAGGCAACAGACGCUUGAGUUUCUAUGGCGACAGAGUUGGGACACCUCCUCCCGCAGUGACAUCACAUGUCACAUGAUGCCCUUCUACAGCUACGAUGUGCCACACACGUGCGGUCCGAACCCGGCGAUCUGCUGUCAGUUCGACUUCCAGCGCCUACCGGGGAGGCGGAUCUACUGUCCAUGGAAAAUCCCACCAAAACCAAUCACAGACCAGAACAUCCAGGAGAGAGCGCUCCUCCUGUUGGAUCAGUACCGUCAGAAGUCGCGACUCUUUCGCUCGCCCGUUCUUCUUGUUCCUCUUGGCGAUGACUUUCGGUACGUGGAGUCGAGUGAGUGGGACGUUCAGUUCACCAACUACCAGAAACUCUUCGAUUACUUCAACCAGCACCCAGAGCUCCACAUCAAGGCUCGUUUCGGGACACUUGCUGAUUACUUUGAGGCUCUUCAUCGGCGUCUGAGCUCCACAUCAGCGACUCUGCCGGCGCUCCGUGGAGACUUUUUCUCAUAUGCGGACCGAGAUGAUCAUUACUGGACGGGAUACUUCACAUCCCGGCCAUUUUAUAAACGCCUCGACAGGACGCUGGAGGCCCUGCUCAGAGCGACAGAAAUCCUUUUCAGCCUGACGCUGGCUGAAAUGCGCCGUUUGCGCAGUGAUGGUCGUCUGGUUGAAGAUUUUCCUGCACGUGAGCACUUCCAGCGACUGACUGUGGCGAGACGGAACCUGGCACUCUUCCAACACCAUGAUGCCGUCACCGGCACCGGCCGGGACCACGUGGUGGUCGACUAUGGUAGCAGGUUAUUUCAGUCGAUCCUGAACCUGCACCAGGUGCAGCAGAGCUCUGCCCAUUGGCUGCUCCUAUUGGACAAGACCCAAUACCACCAUGACCAAUCAAAACCCUUCUUGCAAAUGGACGAAGUGAUCUCAGCACAGGACGCUCUGCCUCAGAAGACGAUGCUCUCACUCAGUAAUGAGCCCAGGUCACUGGUCAUCUUUAACCCCACCGAGCAGCUCCGUACCUCCGUCAUCAGCAUCAUUGUCGACUCUCUGGAUGCUCGGGUUGUCGAUGCCGAAUCAGGUCGACAAAUGCCCGCUCAGAUCUCUGCAGUGUGGGCGGAGCCAAGCCAGCCAUCCACAGAUAGUUUCCAGCUCUCCUUCCUCGCUGAACUUCCUCCUCUGUCACUUGUUGUGUACCAUGUGACCAAAGCAUCCACUGGCUCCACCCCUCGGACGCGUUACAUAGUCCAUCGUCGUGGCAACACGCCAACUAUCCACUCCGAGCACUUCCAGGUGUCCAAACUCCAAGGAUCGGAAGCUGAAGCCCCCCUGUCACUUAGCAACAAGCACUUACAGAUAUGGAGCUCCCCAGAAACGGGCCUGCUGCAGAAGCUUCGCCUGCAGUCGGGUCUGGUCCGUAAGGUCCAGGUCCAGUUCCUGUGGUACGGAACCAGGACCGGAUCCCGGGACAAGAGCGGGGCUUACCUGUUCCUGCCUGGGGAUGAGGGUGCUCAGCUCUACUCCACCUCUAAGCCCCCCCUGGUCCGUGUCUCCAGAGGUCCCAUCUUCUCUGACAUCACUUCCUAUUUCCCACAUUUCACACACACAGUGCGACUCUUUCAUAUGGAAGGGCAUGCUGGGAAAUCCCUGGAGAUUUCCAACUUGGUGGACAUCAGGUCUCAGGUUAACCGUGAACUCGUCAUGAAGCUCAUUAGUGACGUUGCCAGUGGCAACCGCUUCUACACUGACCUCAACGGUUUCCAGAUGCAGCAGCGUCGAACCCUGGAGAAGCUCCCCCUGCAGGCGAACUUCUACCCGAUGACCUCGGCGGCGUUCCUGCAGGACUCGACGAGUCGCCUGUCGCUGCUGUCGGCUCAGAGUCAGGGAGUCGCAUCGCUGAACCCAGGUGAGCUGGAGCUGGUGUUGGACCGGCGGCUGCAGCAGGAUGAUAACCGCGGCCUCGGUCAGGGUGUCACCGACAACAAACUGACAGCGAGUCUCUACCACCUGCUGUUGGAGGACCGCAGGGGCGGCGCUAAGGAAGUGGGAGGAGCCUCAGUCGACCACCUGUCCCUGCUCGCCCACCUGGGCUCGCUCUCCCUCUGCCACCCGCCGUUGACCAUGGUCAUCCUUGGUGAUAGCCAGCUCCCAAAGCUCCGCCCCUUCCUGCCGCUCCACUCAUCACUGCCAUGUGACAUCCACCUGCUGAACCUGAGGACGCUGGAGGACACACAGGAAGCAGAAAUUCCAUCACAGGAAGUGGCCCUGUUCCUCCACAGGAAGGGCUUUGACUGUAGCACUGCCCCCGAGCCAGCGCCUCAGUGCACGUGGAGCGCUCAUGAAGAGGUGAACUUGGAUGACCUUUUCUCUCCGCUUCAGCUCCGAUCCGUCCGGCGCUCCGGACUCACGCUGCUGCGAGCUGACGAUGAGCCGGAGUCCGCCCAGCAACAGCAUCCACCGCGUAUCACUGAGCUGCGGCCAAUGGAAAUCAGCGCUUUCCGUGUGCAGAUAGACUGAAAAUGACAACACUGCUGUAGCCAAUGAGUAGGGACUGUGAGCACGAGGGGCCAAUCAGAAACCAGGUGAUUAAAAAACAAUUAAAGAUGAUGAGAAGCAGAAAGUGGAGGAUUUAACAGAAAGAAAAGUUUCAUCUCAAGCUGAUUUUCAGAGAGAAAAUUUCUCAGGGACCAGAACAGGAAACAGUAAACUGGAAGAAGGAAUUCUUUCAAAAUAAAGGACAUGAUGUUUUCUGCUUUUAUUCAGGUCAAAGGUCAGAUUAUUUAUUCAAGUGAAGAAAGGCUGAAACCGUCCAUUCGGUUUCCAGUGAGCAUGUGCGAGAGAGCGUUUCUAUGGUGAUGGUCUGUUACUGCUGUUUUAUCUGUGAGAGUGGAACUAUGGGCAAUUGUUUUAUUGAUCUGUUUCCAAAUGCACAUAUUGAUAAAUUUAUUUUUUAUGAUUUUGUUUUUGCUGUGAAAAGGGAAACUGCAGGGAAUUCUGGGAAAGCUUUUUUUUAAUGCAGAGAUUUUAUUUUUGGGUGUACGGAUGAAUCCAAAACAAAAAGAAUUUGUUAAAAAUGUUUUCAUUGUUGGGUAAAUUUCUGUGUUAAUAUAAAAUAA